GCAUUAAGAGAGACACAUUUCUGCGUCAAGCUGAAAGCUGCUGCUGGAAUUUCAUAGCAAUUUUAACAGUAUAUUCAUAAGGGUUGAUGCCAAGUUUUAGGCUGUCCUUUUUAAUAAACGAAGCUUAAAUCAUAACGGAGUGUUUGCAUUUAUCUAAGGGAGUUACCAUCCGUAUUUUAAAAAUGUGGAUUUGUCAGAUCUUUUUGACUCUUAUUUUGAUGGCGCAACAUUCAGUGUGUAACGAACCACCAGCAACAAAUGCAAUAUUCUAUUCCAUAGACUUUCGCAAUAUUCUGUUGUGGAACUUCUCCAGAGACAGGCAUCAGUCCGACACUGUCUACAAUGUCCAGUACAAAAUCUAUGGUCAGCCGUGGUUCAACAAAAGCGAGUGCCACAAAAUCACUGAAGAGUAUUGUGACCUGACAAAUGAAACAGGUGAUGUUUCACAAGAAUAUUUUGCCAGAGUUCUUGCUGAGUCGAGGGAUGGCAUUUUGUACUGGAAAAUUUCUUCACAAAGGUUUAGUCCAAGAAGAGACACACAUCUUGGACCACCAAUGAUUAGUUACACUGAAGGCGUGACAUCUGUUCAGCUCCAAAUUCACCCACCACUUACACCACUCAUAUCUGAAGAUGGAUCACAGCAAUCAAUAGAAAAUAUUUAUGAGAAAUACAAGCCAGAGUACCACAUAGUCUUGAAAGUCAAAGGAGCAAAGGAAAAGGAACGGGAUAUAAAAAUACGUAACAAGUCUAUUGAAAUUAGUCAGUUACUUCCAGGCACAGAAUACUGUGGAAAUGUUACAAUAGAAGUUGAAUCAUUAAGAAAGGAGAGCAAACCUAAAUCGUUUUGCUUCAAAACAUUACAAGACCGCAACUGGUUGUUCUCUGUGCUCAUUGCGUGUGUAUUUUUCAUUGGAAUGGCUACCGCUGCUGCUAUUUAUGCUGUUGUGAAAUAUAUCAUGAAGGAACCAAGGAUGCCAAAGUCUUUGCUAAACUUUCUUCCACAUGAUCAUAGAAGAUUGCCUGCCUGUCCAGAUUCAGAGAGCAUUGUGUCCAUUGAGUGUUUAACACAAGGAUCUUCCGUAUUAGACUCUCUUCUCAAAUUCUCAGCUCCAAUUCAGAAUGCUACUGAGUCAGAUCAAGCACCAAUAUUUUCAGCUCUAACUGAAUCAAAUGGUUAUGCCUCACAGGUGUCCAGAAAGUCAUAUGGCACUUCUUUCAAAACCAAAGGUUUUUUACGACACAAAAAUUAUCACCAACCAGAUUUGUCAAGUGUUACCACAAAUUCUGGAAAAGAAGCAUUACCUGAAAACUCACAUGUCAGUUGCAAAUCUCGUGUCACUUAUGCUUUGCUUUUGCCCCCUGUAUCCCAACAAUCUGGAUACAGGCCACAAACAGCUCCAGGUUCUCAGAAUGUUUCAGAUGAAUUUGUUCAAGUAACAAAUGAUAAAUGGAAGAGCAUUGAUGCUAGUGAUGUAUUCUGUCCAAAUCAAGCUGAUAAAUCAUCAGUGGAGACACGCACAAGUUAUAAAGAGCAGAGGCAUUUCUCUCCUGUAAGUAGUGAAUUAAAAUCACUUGCAUUACCUGGAUACAAACCAACAGGACAAAUAGUGCUGGAAACUGAGUGCAGAAAUGGUAAAUUAUACCUACCACUGCUGUGUUCUUUACAUGAAAAUGAUAAUAAAAUAAAAAAUUCAUCAGAUCAAAUAGAGUGCUUACCACAAUCAGGAGAGACACUAUCGCUAUUGUCUUCAGUAAUGAUUAACGGUGCUUUAUUUGCUGAAGAUGAGUUGUAGUUACUGGCUUCAUUAUCUAGUGAAAUCAAUGUAGGUGAUAUCCUUACAAGGUGAGCUCCGCUCCCCAGGAAAUGCUAAUCAAAGCAUUUCUUCAUAAAAUGUAAAGGGAAGAACAACUCUCAUCUGAAAGUGAGUGGGAAAAAAGCAGGCAGCUUUUUUGGAGAGUAACGUGUUGCAAUAUUUAUUAAAUACUGGCAAAUGGAGAGUCAUACAUUGUACAUGUUUGUCUUUCUCUUUUGAGACUUUGGAUCAUAUUUCUGCUUUUGUAAAUGAAAAAACUAACCAGAGCUUCCAGGAGCAGAAAGGAGUAAAGUGUUGUGGUUUUGCACAAUUGCUUGCAAGUCUUGAGCUAAAUUUUUUUUGGCAUAAUUGCAAAGCACUUCUUACAACAAAUUUGAACAAACAUAACACAGAGUUAUUCGGUAUCAAGUUUAACAAUUGAAUUAGUAUUUGUGGCAAUGUUUAGCAAUUGCAUUUGCGUGUGUGACAGUAUUUAACAAAAACAUUUUUGACAGUGUUUUGUGCAGAGUUUCUGACAAUAUCUUGGAACAAAGAUGUUAGAGCAACUCCUCACUAUCAUUAAAAUCUUUUAGAGGAACUGCGAACUUUGAUUAUCAGUAAUGCUGAUAAUGCUAAUUAUUAGUUUCUUUAUCCAUAAGACGUGACAGAUAUUUCAAAUUUCUGUAAAACAAUACAGACUACAUAUGACACAGAUAUUUAAAGGAUUUAAUACAUGUAAAGCAGUUUGACAUCUGCUAUGAAGGAAUACUGGCCAAUGAAUUCAUGCACUCAGGAUGUUGAAACAAACACUAAAAUGGUUUUCUUUAUAAAUGCUUAUAUUAGUUAUAAUUAAAAAUGAUUCCUUAUAUUUUUAUUUAGCAUUUCCGAAAUGUAAUUUACACAACUUUUGCUGGUUUAUUCUCUUAUUUUUAUAGAAUCACUACCAGCAGACCAUGUCUUACUUUGUGCCAUUGUUUUUACAGUGUUUUCUAAUGUAUUGUUGUAAUGUUUACCUAUUUCUAUUAUAACAUAUAUCUAAUAUAUUUUUAGGCAAUA